CACUCUUUCUGUCAGUUGCGCAUCAGCAGGUUCAGCAAUCCCGUUGUUCCUCGUUUUCUGCCGUGAGAUUCAAUCUGUUUUUUGUUCGUUCUCUUGAAACAUCCAGAAGGUUUCGCCCGCACCCACGAUGGCAUCGAUUAGUUUGUUGAAUCCGAAAGCCGAAUUUGCCCGUGCCGCUCAGGCACUGGCCGUGAAUAUCGGGGCGGCCAAGGGAAUCCAAGAUGUGAUGAAAACCAACCUGGGACCCAAAGGAACCAUGAAGAUGUUGGUUUCCGGGGCCGGUGACAUUAAAAUCACCAAGGACGGAAAUGUGCUGUUGCACGAGAUGCAAAUUCAACAUCCGACGGCUUCGCUGAUUGCCCGUGCAAGUACGGCCCAGGACGAUAUGACCGGUGAUGGAACCACCUCGACGGUGUUGAUCAUCGGGGAGCUGCUUAAGCAGGCAGAUCUGUACAUUGCCGAUGGUUUGCAUCCACGCAUUUUGGCCGAAGGGUUCGACCAGGCGCGGCAGCAAGCGCUGCAAAUUCUGGAACAAAUUGCUUGUCCCGUUGAGAUCAACAAGGAAGGACUGCUGAACAUAGCGCGUACUUCGUUGAGGACCAAGGUGCACCCAGCGUUGGCCGAUCUGCUGACUGAUGUUUGCGUUGAAGCUGUGCUGGCAAUCCGCACAGAGGGCAAGCCAGUGGAUCUGCAUAUGGUGGAGCUGAUGGAAAUGCAGCACAAAUCUGCUACCGACACUCAGCUGGUCAAGGGUAUCGUCAUGGACCACGGUUCACGGCACCCGGAUAUGCCCAAGCGGUUGGAGAAUGCGUACAUCUUGACCUGUAACGUUUCGAUGGAAUAUGAGAAGAGUGAGGUCAACUCUGGAUUCUUCUACAAAACGGCUGAAGAAAGAGACAAAUUUGUCCUUGCCGAACGAGAAUUCAUCGAAGAAAGAGUCAAGAAAGUGAUUGAACUGAAGCGUAAAGUUUGCGAAGGAACCGACAAAACUUUCGUUGUCAUCAAUCAGAAGGGCAUCGACCCAAUGUCCCUGGACAUGCUGGCCAAGGAAGGUAUCAUGGCGCUGCGUCGUGCCAAGCGCCGUAAUAUGGAACGUUUGGCUCUGGCCUGCGGUGGAAUGGCCAUGAACUCAUUCGACAACAUGGAUGAGAGCUGUCUGGGCUAUGCCGGACUCGUCUAUGAACAUGUGCUUGGAGAGAACAAGUUCACGUUUGUCGAAAAUUGCAAAAAUCCACUCUCAGUCACCAUCCUUAUGAAAGGACCGAACAAGUUCACUUUGACCCAGAUCAAGGACGCUGUUCGUGAUGGUCUGCGUUCCAUUUUCAACGCUAUCGAAGAUAAGAAACUGGUACCGGGAGCCGGUGCUUUCGAAAUUCGAGUUCACAACAAACUCAAGGAACACGCCAAGGAUGUUAAGGGGAAAACUCGUCUCGCAAUCCAAGCAUACGCCGAUGCUAUGCUGGUUAUUCCGAAAGUUCUGGCCGUCAACAGCGGUUACGAUGCGCAGGAUUCGAUUGUCCGUUUGCAGGAAGAGGGACUGCUAAGCGAUGACCCCAUCGGUUUGGACCUCUCGACAGGAGAACCUAUGAAACCGAUUGAUUUAGGCAUUUUCGACAACUACAUCGUCAAAAAACAGAUCAUCAAUUCGUGCACCGUUAUUGCCAGCAACCUGCUUCUAGUGGACGAAAUAAUGCGUGCCGGAAUGAGCAGUCUCAAGGGUUAAUGUGGGAGUAGUGCUGGCACACUCGUUUGAAAUUAUUUUCUUUCUAAGAAUUUCAUUCGUUCUUCUCUUGCUAUCAUCAGGAAACGAAUAUGUAAUCGCGGAAUCGUUCACAUCAUGUUUGACUUCAUAUCUAUAAUAACACCUAAUUUAAUAUUCUCCUGCACAAGCGGCAUUAAACACUUCAUUUUGUACCGUUACACGAUUAACUUGCUAAAAUAAAUGCUUGAAAGAAUAAAUUUGCUUGAAAAGAAUAAAA